AUGUCGACACUGGGCCGUGGUCGUGGCUACACGGGGCGGCACCAUCUACGCGAUCAGAGGCCUGGUGACCCAGAGCUUGCUGAAGAGCUUGACGCUGUUAGAACCCUCGCUGAACUCAGUCCAAGGGCGACAGAUCACACAAAAGUAGAUCCAAAUAAAAUAGAGGUUAAGGCACCUAAAGAAGUGGACGCAGAGAAGAAAGAAGAGAUGGAAAUGAAGUCUGAAGUGAUAAGCCGCGGAAAUGUUGAGGAAGAUCCAGCACUGCAAGAGUUACUGCAUAUUGAUGAACAAUUUUUACCCCUGCUGGCAUUGUUGGAACAGUUCUCACCGGGUGAAGAUGGGAUUCAGUUCAACAGAAAACUUCGUCAUUUUGAAACUACCGUAUCUAACAUGUGCCAAGAUGAGACAAGGUUGCACAUGGCGUUCGCUUCAUUCCGUGCAGCGGCCCUCCAGAGUCUGGUGACGUCACGCAAGCUGGCAGCUGUGGGGGCGUCUUUCACACGCCAGCAACGGCAGCAAUUGCUUAGAGGAGCCCUGCUUAAUGUUGUCAUGCAGGGAACCUUCACCAAACUGGAUGUCCUGGAGCGAUCUAAUCCUAUUUACUUGAUAAACGCGGCUAAUUUAAUGGGAGACUACUUUGCUGAGGCGCGUCUGUGCAAUGGUAACAAAGUUCACAUCUUGGCCAGUCCACUGUUACAAUAUAUGAGGGCUUUGUUAGCCUGCAACGAUGUGCGUGCCCAUCGCAGUCUCGCAACUCAACUCAUGCAAAAUGGUAGAGAAUUACUGUCAGUUAUGUCACAGGAAUUGGAUGAAUUGUCCAUAUCAAUUAAACUACGUCUCUUAACACCACCUCCAGUGAACAUAAUCUGGUUACUACUGUCUGCAGACUUAUGCCUUAACAAAUUUCUACCGCUGCCUAACACACUCCAACAGUUCUAUGCUGCCCAUUUAGACUUGAGUAGUGAAGAAAACUUCAGUGAAGUCAGUUAUGGAUCAUGGAAGAAGAGUCCAGAGAAGGAAGAAUACAGAUCAGAUGGCAGUUCUGAUGUCAGUGCUACAGAAAAAGUUGGUCAAAAUCUGUCCCAGAUUAAUUUGAACCACGAUGAAGAUCCAAAGCCAAAAUUGAGGCCGAUAUUGGGAGCAGGAGCUGGCCUCCUCCGACAGGAACAGGCUCUGUCACAAGAACCCUUUGAUGCGAGAAUAACCAAGACGAGCCUUUCCAAAAGAUAUGAUUUGAAUUCAUGGAGACAAGCCGAGGAAGAGAAUAAAGAGGACGUUGAACCUGUAUUCAACCCUGCAGUACUGCCACCAAAUAUGCAACCAAACUACCCAGUCACAGUACCUGAUUACCCACCACCUCCACCCGCAAAUAGAUUUAAUUAUCAAGAGAAUUACGUAAACUAUCUUCAACAAGGCGACGGCACUUACAUACAGAACCAGUAUCCAAGUAACCAAAAUUUUACCCCUCAAGGAGACUUUGUGCCACAAUACACGGCUGAACCACCAAAACCUACAUCAGAACGAGUCAACAAUGAAAUACAAAAGACAAGCAACAACAGGAGACCAGCGGAGAAUUGGCGGAAGGAGAAGAGCGAUAUCAAGGAAGAUGCAAAUAAAAACAGACAGCGCAACUGGUCACGUCAACGGUCCAAAGACAAUGUAAACGAUGAUGAAGAAAAGGGAGAGAAGUUUCGCUCGGCCUCUCGUAGUUCACGCGAAUCGCGGCAAAGCACAACAGGAAACAGAUUAAACAGACGUAAUAGUGGGGACAACCAGGAGACGGGGAACUCUGGUAAGACCCCAACGCGGAGACACGUAACUGAGGUCCCUAGGAAUCAAAAGUACUGGGACCAUGACGAUAGAUGCGAUAAAGACUACAAUAGUUAG